UUAUGUUAACAUUUUUUAAAAACUUUUGUUCAUGAUUCAAAUUACCAAAAGUGUUUCGAAUGAGUUUUUGUUUUAUUUAUUUUAAUGAUGCAUUCUGGGUAGGGAGUUAUAGCAAAGAUGGCGGCGACCUCAGUAGGACGCGUUUUGACACUUUGCAGACAGUUUCAAAACGCUUUUAGGAUUUCUACAUCCUUAGCCGUCCAACAGUCUGCUCUCACUUUGACCAAAUCUCAGUCUUAUCUUGAUAGGUUAACGUAUCCACUUUUGAGCUCAAAUUGGCACUGUCAUGUUGGCCAGUGUCGGCCUCUGCACACUACCAUCAGCAGAAGAGGACUUGAGGAGUUUUUCGACAUACCUGAAAACUGGGGGGAGGCAACAGUGAAGUCAGGAGCACCAUGGACUGCCAAGCAACUAAGGAUGAAAAGUAAUGAAGACUUACAUAAGCUCUGGUAUGUGCUCCUGAAAGAGAAGAACAUGCUGCUUACCAUUGAGCAGGAGUCCAAAAGACAAAGAAUUCAGAUGCCAAGUCCAGAGCGCCUAAAGAAGAUCGAAAGGUCCAUGAAGAGACUAGACACAGUGGUGAAGGAGAGAGAAGACGCCCUCCGGCUGCUGCAGACAGGCCAGGAGAGAGCAAGACCUGGGGCCUGGAGAAAGGACAUCUUUGGACGGGUCUACUGGUACCGGUUUAGAGAGCAUGCCCUUCCUUGGUACAUGAACAAGAGAUACAAACGCAAACGUUUCUACACACCAUUAUUUGUCACCCCCCACAUAAGGCUUCGUCUAGAGAAACACCUCCGUGCUAAGACCAGAAUACAGAACAAGGAGAGAGAAAAACAAACCGUACUCCAGGAGAAGUUUCCCCAAAUGAAGGCCCAGUCAUCAUGAAGACCUUCAUUGACCAAGAAACAUUCACCCCUCCUGCAAUUCACAUUGGAGCAUGUGACUGUAUCCUCUGUUUUUUGCAUAAACGUGUCUGUCAUUAGCUUUUAUUUAAUGUACUGUUUCAUGUUGGUAAACUGGCAUUUAUGUUUCCUCUGUAUCAUGAUGCCUUGAUUAUGGUUAUUCAUAUUAAAGUGAUGUACAGACA